AUAUUGUAUGUAUGGUGUAUAUUGUUAAAUGUAAGCAACAACCAGGUAGAAGGAGAGAUUGAUGAACAAUGUAAAGUAGAUUGUGCGUGCUGUAUAGAUAGAAACUGUAGACAAGGGGUAUGGUUUAAUGACGAAUGUUUUCUAGGCUGUAUUGAUGGUCAUAGAGGUGCUCGGUGUUAUGACAAAUGUACACACAAUUGUACAAAAUGUCCUGAUCAUAAAGAUAAGUGUAAUGAGUGCUAUGAUGGCUAUUACCCCGGCCCUGCUAGAGACUGCACUUCACAAUGUUUAUCCGGAUGUAAAACAUGCACAAGAGGAACCACGUGCACAUCAUGCAAGGAGGGAUAUUAUAAUGACAAUGGUCGAAAUGAUUGUAGUAAUCGUAACUGUCCUGAAAAUUGUAACUGUGAUAACGGUCAAUGCGCAUCAUGUAAGGACGGAUAUUACGAUACCAGUAAUAAAUGUAAUAGUUUAUGUCCAGGUAACUGUCUCACGUGUACAUCGAAUACUAAUUGUGGAUCGUGUCAGGGUGGUUAUUUUAAAGGUUACCAGAACGACAACAUAAACCUCCCUUUGUUGAACGACUGUACAUACAAAUGCCGAGAUAACUGUGUACGUUGCUCGUCCUAUGAUAGUUGCUCUCUGUGUAUAACUGGUUUUUAUGGAUCGACAUGCAACAACAGUUGUUCAGCUGGUUGCAUAUCAAACACUUGCGAUAUAUUGACUGGAAACUGUCAUUGCUCUCCUAAUUUUGCUGGGGAAAGAUGUGACAAAUGCAAAACCGGGAAAUAUGGAAAUAUGUGCGAUCAACAAUGUCCUGCAGGGUGUAAAGGUAACGUAUGUGAAAAGGAUUCCGGAGAUUGUACAGUCGGAUGCACUAUAGACACGUAUAUUGGUGAUAAAUGUGAUGUUUGUUCAACAGGAUGGUUUGGACAAUACUGUAACAUAUCUUGUUCUCUUGGCUGUAAAAUUCAGCAGUGCGAGAAAAAUAAUGGUGAAUGUUCAAAUGGAUGUAUUGAUAACUUUAUUGGACGACAAUGCAAUCAAUGUAAACCUGGCAAAUAUGGAGAAUCGUGCCGUAGUGACUGUCCAAAUAAUUGUGACGAGACAGGCUGCAGACGAGACUCAGGAUAUUGUUUUAAUUGCGAUGACAACUUUGAUGGAGAGAAAUGUGAUAGAUGUCGUCCUGGUUUUUAUGGUUCGCGUUGCUCUGAAAAAUGCCCGAUUCAUUGUUUGAACGGUGUAUGUGACAGAGAUACAGGAACGUGCACUAAUGGCUGUUUAGACAAUUUUUCUGGUGACAGAUGUUGUAUAAGUAAUAACAACUGUAUUACAUGUUUGUCAGAUACUAGGUGUAAACAAUGUAAGUCUGGAUACUUCAAUGACCAAUGUGACAAGGAAUGUCCUCAAAACUGUCUAAACUCCUGUCAUAUCGAAACAGGUAUUUGUGACGGUUGUAAAAGUAACUUUUAUGGUGAUAGUUGCAAUUUUUCAUGUGCCUCUACAUGCAAGAUUCAAACAACAGGCGGAAGUUUAUGUCAGCAAAGUAAUGGAAAGUGCCUAUAUGGAUGCGUAGAUGGUUUCCAUGGUUUACAAUGUUCUGAGAAAUGUUCUGUUUAUUGCAACGAUACACUCUGUGAGCAAGACGAUGGCAAAUGUACAAAAGGCUGCAUAAUAAAAGUAAAGAAUGACCACAUUUGCCCCCUGACAUCAGACACAAAGUCCUCAGAGCAUUCAGUAAAUACAGCUGCUAUAUCUCUUGGAACACUUCUUGCAGUGUCAGUUGUUGUUCACAUCAUAUUUGUGGUUACGUUGAUUCUCUGGAAAUACCGAAAAAGGGUCAAUGAUACUUACAAGACGAAAGGACCUGUUUAUGAAAACUCUCGCAUUGAACUGGAAUGUGGAAAUUUGGGGAAUGCUGGCAGCGUCAGCAAGCAUGGAAUUGUACAAGCAACAAAGAGCGACACUGUGUUAAAGUCACCUGACUAUGAGGAUCUUGGACGAGUUCAAGUAUCUGAGCAUGAAUAUGGAGAAAUUCGUCCAGACACUUGAUGUCAUUCAUGGACGUAUAACAUUACGCACACGCGAAGAUAAAUGGUCAUCAACAACUAUGAACUGUAUUAAAAGAGUCCGACAGAGAACAGAGUAACAAUUUCAAUUAUAAACAAAGGACGACAUUAUAUCAAACACAAAAUCAUUCUUUAUUGUAAAGUGCUGAAUAUCUGUCUGAUAUUUUAUGUGUUGAAAACUAUUGUAAAUACUUUCUUAAAAAGCAUUUAAAACAUUUGACUUGCAUGUUGAUAUUUUGAUGUUCGCACGUUUGAAGGCAUAACAGUUCCAUAUAAGGGAUCCUAUACUUACAUAAUUUAAUACCUUAUUUAUUUUGCUUAGUUUUAUAAGUUUUGACAUACGUUUUGUACAACAGUGCAUGUGUUUGUUUGGGUUUUUUUGUAAUAACAUGAAAAAAUAUCAGUUUGAACUGUUAGUGUAUUUUUUGUAAAUUCUGAUCAACAAAUGACUCACAUGUGUAUUCAUUUUCUAUAUGGCAACUGUCCAGACUAGUGAGGGAAGACAUCAGCUGCCCUUGUCUGCUUUAUUAAAUGAUAUUAAUUCUGAUUUUACAUUAGGUGAUACUAUACUUAUUCUGUUAUUUGCUGAUGAUAUUGUUAUUUUAAGUUAAUUACCUGGAGACAUACAAAAUAGUUUAAAGUAAAUUGCAUAAUUACUGUACUUUAUUUGGGGAUUAAAACUACAUUGAGGUAAAAGUAAGGUUAUGGUUUUGAGGAAGAGGGGUCCGCUUAGAAAUAAUGAGAGUUGGAAAUAUAAUAAUAUUCCCUUAGAAAUAGUCGACAAUUUCAAUUAUUUAGUAGGGAAAACCCUAAAGGCAUUCAAUGAUUUAUUCUUCAAUUUCAAACACUUGUUAAAGUUAGUACUUCUUUGCAAUUGUUUGAUGCUUUUGAUGUAUCUAUUUUGAAGUAUGCCUGUAAAAAAUGAGGAUUUGGUAACAGUAAAUAAAUAGAACGAGCACAUCUAAAAUGGUGUACGUCAAUAUUAUGUGUUAAGCUGUCCACUAGCAGCACGGCUUUUUAUGGUGAACUGAAAAUGCACCCUUUAUAUGUAAUGUGUACGGAAUAGCAAAUCCUGGUCAAAUAUUGUCAAAAGUAAAAUGUUAUAGUUAGUUACUUAUAUACAUAAAUGAUAAAUGAUAUUAAUAGAGACAAACGUAACUGGUUGUCUAUUGUAAAAUCAUUAUUAGAUAAUGCAGGUUUAUCAUAUGCAUGGUAUAUUUAUAACUUAUUAUUUAAGCAAAGUCUUACUGACCAAUUCAUCCAGUCCUGGUAUCAUAAUGUUACAACAAUCCCGAGCCUAAGCACAUAUAGACUUUUUAAAACGUCAUUUGAUUACUCACUGUAUCUUGAUAAAAUUACAAUGAAAUUAAGAAUUGCUUUUGAAAAGUUAAGAUUGUCUCCUCACCCACUUAGAAUAGAAACAAGACGGUAUGGUUAUGAAUAUAACCAACAGCAUUAUACUAAUUGAAUAAUGUAAAUAUAUAUAUAUAUAGCCUUUAAAUAUUUCAAGGUAUAGUUUGUAUGAUGUCUUAAUAAACUUAUUACAGUAUCUACCGUUUUAAAUUAAAGUAAUAUGCACAUUUCCCUUGAUAUAUUUCAAUAAUUUCAUGUUACAUUUGAUUUAUUUUGAUCGUGAUUUUGUAAGCCAAAUAACAUACAAAUUCGCCAUUAGUUGAACCUCCUUGUUGUCUCUCUUCCUUUUUGUCUUUUAUUUGGCUUUAAAUAUCAUAUUUUCUGUUAAAAUAGUUGUCUUUAAAAUUGUGUCAUGUUGACAAGUUUUAUUGUAUCAUCUUAUGUAUGUGUCUGUGUAGUAAGAAACGACAUCAUUACGUUACCAAAUAAAAUAUUUGAAUGUUGAAACUUGGAUCUUAAGUUUAGACAAGAGCGCGCAUUUGAGUAAUACCUCCGACGUUUCGUAAGCUAGUCGGUUAGCUUCCUAACAUUCCAAAGUCUCCGGUGGGAUUUGAACUUACAGCGGUAUGGGUGAAAGUGAAUUAAUGUUAAACAAUACCGACAACAUAUUGUGAUACCAUAACUAUGACUCGUAUAAUUGCUGAAUAUAUAGA